UGCUCAGCCUCCAUCAGUAGAGACACAGCCUCUUUCUCUUUCUCCGAAAGCUGUCGAUGGAGCAGGUCCGACCCCGGAGCAGCCUCAGCCUGGCCAGCAGCGCCUCCACCAUUUCUUCGCUGAGCAGCCUGAGCAGCAAGAAGCCUACUCGUGCAGUACACAAGGUCCAUGCCUUCGGCAAAAGGAGCAAUGCUUUGCGGCGAGACCCCAACCUGCCCGUCCACAUCCGAGGCUGGCUGCAUAAGCAGGACAGCUCAGGCCUCCGGCUGUGGAAACGCCGUUGGUUCGUCCUCUCUGGCCAUUGCCUCUUCUACUACAAGGACAGCAGAGAGGAGAGUGUCCUGGGCAGUGUGCUGUUGCCCAGCUACAGUGUCAGGCCGGAUGGGCCGGGAGCCCCCCGAGGCCGGAGGUUCACCUUUACAGCGGAGCACCCAGGCAUGAGGACCUACGUCCUGGCCGCUGACACGCUGGAGGACCUGAGAGGUUGGCUUCGGGCUCUGGGAAGGGCCUCUCGUGCAGAGGGGGAUGACUGUGGACUAUCUGGGUCACCUGCACGUCCGCAGCCUGGGGAAGGGCCCGGGGGCCCGGGAGGGCCCCCAGAGGUGAGCAGAAGGGAAGAAGGUCGCGUCUCAGAAUCACCGGAAGUCGCUCGGCUCUCCAGAGGUCGUGGCAGACAGGGAAUGCACACUCCCAGCCCUACAGCUGGCCUGCACCCUGGCACCUGGAGUCGGCGGACCAGGAGCCCAGAGCUGUUCUCACCCCUGUCCCGCCCGCCCUCCCCUCUGAGCCUUCCGCGUCCCCGUUCUGCCCCGGUGCGGCGAUCCCCUGUCUCAGCAGGAGACAUUUCAGUUCCUGUCCGGCCUCACACUCCCUUGAGUCGCAUCGACGUCCGACCUCCUCUGGAUUGGGGACCUCAAAGACAGACCCUCUCCCGACCUGCCACUCCACGCCGAGCACCCUCCUCCGAAGGGGGCGGAGCACUGCCACCCAGGAGUCCCCAGCCCUGGAGAAAAGAGCCUAGAACGCAGUCUACCCAGGCCUCCUCUGGUUCAUCCACCUAUCUCCAGCUGCCUCCAAGACCCCCUGGGACCCGGGCCUCCAUGAUUUUGCUGCCAGGUCCCCCGGUGGACUCAACUUUGCAUCAGAGCUUGGAGACAGAUACUCUGCUGACCAAGCUGUGCGGGCAGGACCGGCUCCUGAGGCGACUACAGGAGGAUCUGGACAAGAGGCAGGAGGAGAAGGAGCAGCUGGAGGCAGCUUUGGAGCUGACCAGGCAGCAGCUGGGCCAAGCUACCAGGGAGGCUGCGGCUUCCGGGAAGGCCUGGGGUCGCCAGCGCCUCCUGCAGGACCGGCUGGUGAACGUGAGGGCUGCUCUGUGUCACCUGGCUCAGGAGCGAGAGCAGGUUUGGGACACAUACAGGAGCCUGGAACAGGACCUGGGCACCUUAAGAGAGACACUCGAGUACCUGCUGCACCUCGGGUCUCCGCAGGACCGUGCGUCUGCUCAGCAGCAGCUGUGGAUGGUGGAGGACACACUGGCAGGUCUAGGUGGCCCCCACAGACAGCCCCCACAUACUGAGCCCCAGUCUCCAUCCCCAGCACCCAAAGGAGAGGAGUCCUCGGAGCGAGAGAGUCUCCCGGAGUCACUGGAGCUGAGCUCCCCGCAGUCGGCUGAGGCGGACUGGGGCGGACCCCCAGGAGGCGACACAGCCCUCAGCAGCCCUCAGUCAGGUGUUGGGUCUCCAAGGGUCUCCCGGGCAUCCAGCCCUGAAUGUCGACAGCCGUCCCCGCCGCUGAGAACGAAGGCCCCGGUGGCGCGGCCCCGCAUGAGCGCUCAGGAGCAGCUAGAGCGCAUGCGUAGAAACCAAGCCUGUGGGCUCCCUCUCCCUCGCCCUGCCUCCCCGAGGCUCCUGACCCUAGGGAAGGCACUGUCCCCAGCCGGCCGCCAGCCUGAUGUGGAGCAAAGGGGUCUCAUCUAUUCCCCCCCUUUGUUUUGUGAUUUUUUUUUUGAGACAGGAUUUUUCUGCAUAGCCCCGGCUGUCCUGGACUCCCUUUGUAGGUCAGGCUGGCCUCUGCCUCCCAAAGUGCUGAGAUUACUGGUGUGCAACUCUGUGCCCGGCUGGCCUUGAACUCUUGAUCCUCCUGCCUCUCCUCCCUUGUGUCAGGGGCCACCAUGCUUGGUGUCUACUCUGCUGGGUCCUAGUGCCCUGUGCACAAUAGGCAAGCAGUCUAUUGAUCAGCCACACCCCAGUCCCUCCCACCUUUCUAAAACGGAAAUACUUCCCACUCCCUGUUGCAAAAUAAGUCAUCCCCCCUGUUCUUGCUCCUCCUACAGUUAGGGGCAGACUUAGGCAAGAAGGCGCCAUGGGGGAACCUUCUCCUGGGGACAUGCAGCACAGAUACAGGCGUAGUGACCCCGGAAAGAACCCACAACAGACUCCAGUGCCAAAGUCAGCUUGGUGAAACAGUGAGGUUUUGUGGGGUUACUUGCAGGAGUGUGUGUGAGAGGUUACUUCCAGGCAAGGGUGACCUAAAGUACCUCCAUCAGCAGAAGCCCUCCCCCCGGUGAGAAAGCUGCUGUGGUGGAGCUGUGCGCAGAGCUUGCAGCGGCUUAGCAGGUCUGGAGCUCUCUCUGGCUCGCCGGCCAGAGUCCCUGCUUCCAGCUGUGCUGGCUGUUUCCAGUAGUUCAGCGGUGGAAGUUCCCAUAACUCAGCAAGUUUCAGCUUCCCCAGACGCCUGAGGUUUGCUCAUCUCCGUCUCAGGAUUCUCCCCUCUCCUGCGAGGAAUGUUUUGGUUCAGAGGAAACUGCUGGGAAGCCAGAGGGAACAGCUGUCCCUCUGCAGUUUCUGUGUUGGAACUGUGACAGGAAAGAGGCCGUGCAGCCCGAGCUCCUUCAUGGACGUGCUAUGCCCAGUGAGGUCACAUGAUCUGAGGGAGAGCGGGCAGAGGCAGACUUGAGUAUUAUGUGUAUAUAUUUCCUAGCCAUGUCCACUUCUCCAGCCAGGCCCUGCUUCCUAAGAGCACAACUAGCUGUAAACCCCUGUAAUGACAGAAGACUACCUAGUCCUAAAGAACGCUGACAUACAAUCCCAUCGAUGAAGAUUACAGUGAAGGAGGCCGUGAGGCGGGGUGGGGGAGCAUCGACAGAAACAGUACUGGAUACGGAGACCUAAACGCGAUGGUGCCUUAGAGGGGAAGGUGCCUUAGUGUGGAAGAAGCUGGGCCCCGGGGUGCGCGCCUGUAAUCCCAGCACUCUGGGAGGCAGGGACAGUCGGAUCUCUGUGAGUUCGAGGCCAGCCUGAUCUACAGAGCGAGUCCAGGACAGCCAAGGCUACACAGAGAAACCAAGCAAGUAAAGAAACAAAAGUGUGAAAGGGAGAGGCGCCCUGAGAGGUGGAAGGAUGAGCUCUCCCGAGAGCAGCCUUCAGCGCCUCCCCAGCCGGUCCCCUCAGGCUCUUCCCCAGCAGAGCAAAGGUCUGCCAUUUGACGGCUGUGGAGAGGCUAGGCAAAGUUCCAGCUCCUGUGAUUUAGUUCCCUGUCCCUGUGUGACAGGACGCACGGAGGAGCCAGGUGCCACGGAUUGUAAGCUGUCAAGUCACAGCACUGGCUACUUAGGUCAGAACACAGGCCUGUGUUCUGCCAUUCAUCUGUGGAUCAGUUCAUUGGGCAGAGGAACACUCUCAUGGUCAGCCACCUCUGAACAGCACCAACGGCUGGCAUGUAAACCUUUAGGGACAGUCAUAUCCAAAUCACAGAAGCUUCGGUAGGGAAGGAUUAGACCCACCAUAGGUGUGGCUGUGAUUUCAUAACCCUGAUGUUCUCCAAGAGGACAGGUGAUUGCAAAUAUCAUGUCUUUGGCCUCAUUUUACUGUGAGGCCGCCCCAUAAAAAUAAGAAGUGGGACCUUGUGUGAGCCCCGGAGAGCUGCUGCACAGCUCCCCCCAGGAGAGAGAGACAGGAGGGUCAGGAGUUCAAGGCCAUCUCAUCUAUAUAACAAGUUGGAGGUUACUCUGAACCUUAUGAGAGCCUGUCUGGGAAAGGUGGGGGAGCCUGGGGAGAUGGCCCGGUGGUUGACCUGUGUGAAGCCUGGGCCAGCAGUCAAUGCCUGUAAGCCCCGUGGGAAGUGGAGACAGGACUCCGGAAGCUCGUGGGUCAGCUAGUCUGCCCGACUUGCCGAGGUUCUAGGCCAAUGAGAGAUCUUAUCUCAGCCAAAGGGGGAAGGUCAGAGGAGGGGCACCAGGUUGUCUGCAUGUGGGUGGGGGGAGGAGGGGGCUGAGGAGAAAAGGAGGGAGAGGUGAGAAAGGAGGGAGAGAAAGCAAGGGCAACUCAAAGAAUUCUGUCUUUUUGUUCUCCUUUCCCUUUCUCCCCCCUUCCUUUUUUAUCUUGCCCUCUCCCCUCCCCUCGACUCCUCUUCCCAACUCUGCUCUCCUCUCUUCUUUCCAUUUGGACACAAUCUCAUCCUGUACUCAGACCAGGCUGGCUUUGAACUUGUGACCAUUCUCCAAGGCAAGACUUCUAACCACUGAUUCCUUUCCAGCCUAUUGUAGGAGCUUCGAAAUGGCUCAGGAGUUCUGGGUCCUGGAGUAG